CAGUGGAGGGAUUGGCAGAGAGGGGUGGAGGUCAGUGAAUGGAGGCCAAUGGAGGGAUUGGCAGAGAGGGGUGGAGGUCAGUGAAUGGAGGCCAGUGGAGGGAGUGGCAGAGAGGGGUGGAGAACACUGAAUGGAGGUCAGUGGAGGGGUUGGCAGAGAGGGGUAGCAGACACUGAACGGUUGGUAAGGUGGAUGAGCCUGGCAGCAGUAUCCAUGAUGGACUGGAGGGGGAGUGGCCUGUGUAAAGGUAAACCAAUGAGGAGGGAGUAGCAGUCGUCGAGGCGAGAGAUGAAUUAGCUGAGGUGGCAGGAUUUGGACAGGGAUUGGAG